AUCCAUUUUCAAUUUUUUUUUAACCUUCCCGAGAAUUCUAGACCGUUCCCACUAUCACUUUCCCGCCUACCAACCCACUUCCCCAUGUUCACUUUUCUUUGUGAACCUUCACUUCCCCACUUCCCCCACUUCCCUACUUCUCUUUCUCUUCUUUUCUUCAUCGCGACACCACCAUCCCGCCACACCCUCUCUUCUUUUCUUCAUCGCGGCACCACCAUAGCGCCACACUGCCUCUUCUUUUCUUCAUCGCGACACCACCAUGGCGGCACCACCAUCGCGCCACCACCAUGGCGGCACCACCAUCGCGCCAUGCACCACCAUCGCGAUUCGAUUUCACCACACAGACACGCUCCAGUGGACAGUUUCUUUACGAAACCGUUUCUUCAACUGAAGGAACCAGGAACAUAUGGUAUCAGGUACCUGGGUGCAAUACAGUUUUCCUCUAGGGUACCUAAAGUUUGGAGUUGCUGA